UGGCCCUCUUGAUGGGAAGGUUUGUGGAAGACCAGCCAAAUCUCUUCGAGUCCAGCUGGACAAGUUAAUUGUUGUUUCGAUUGCUACAAAAUAUGUCUGGUCAUAUCUUGUCGAUUACCGCUGCCCAGCGUCUCGAUUCCAGAGGCAAGCCUACUGUCAAGGUCGUCUUGACUACUGCCAAAGGGACCUUCACCUCCUUGGUUCCGUCCGGGGCCUCCGUGGGUGAAUACGAGGCGCACGAGCUGCGUGACGGCAAGAAGGACCAAUAUGGGGGGAACAGCGUGCUCGCGGCUAUACAGAACGUGGAGAAGGUUAUCUCGCCGGCUUUGAUCAAGGAGAAGUUCAAUGUGGCGACAGACCUUGCCAAAAUCGACGAGUUUAUGAUCCGGUUAGAUGGAACGAAGAAUAAGACCAAGCUUGGUGCCAAUGCCAUCCUGGCGGUUAGUAUGGCGGCUGCACGCGCCGGAGCUGCUGAGAAGGACGUCCCCCUGUAUGAGUUCCUGAGACAGGAGGCCCUGGCUACUGGCCCCUAUGUCUUGCCUACGCCGUUCUUCAACGUUCUCAAUGGUGGCAAGCACUCCGGGAACACAAUGGCCUUUCAGGAGUUCAUGAUUGCACCGGUUGGAGCAACAUCUAUCACCCAUGCGGUUCAAAUCGGCAGCGAGGUCUAUCAGGCUCUCAAGGCCAUCAUCACCCAGAAAUUCGGAUCUGCCGCUGGUGGAAUUGGAGAUGAAGGUGGAUUCGCACCUCCCGUCUCACACCCAACAGAAGCGCUGGAUCUCUUAACUCUGGCUGUUCACAAUGCCGGGCACGACGGCAAGGUCAAGUUCGCCAUUGACCCAGCUUCAUCCGAGUUCUUCACCUCGGACAAAUACGACCUGGGAUUCAAGACCAAGGAACGGAACUUCCUCUCGAAGCAGGAACUCCAGAACCUAUAUCUCUCACUGUUAAAGAAGUACCCUAUUAUCUUGCUGGAGGACCCCUUCGCCGAGGACGACUGGGAGGCAUGGAAAUCGUUCAAGAAGGUCUGCCCCGUGGAGCUGGUCGGUGAUGACCUUCUCGCCACGAAUAUUGAGAGGAUCAACAUUGCCAAGGACAGAGAUGCAUGCACUGGGCUAUUGUUGAAGAUUAACCAGAUCGGCAGUAUCACAGAGUCUAUUGCUGCGUGAGUAUCACCGUCAUAUAAUACCUGUGCUCGAGCUGAGCUGACGGUCCCUGCAGGGCCAAAAAGGCGUUUGGCUAUGGAUGGCGCGUCUUUGUAUCCCACCGCUCGGGGGAGACGACGGACGAUUUCAUUGCGGAUCUCACAGUUGGUCUCUCCACAGGGCAUUUGAAGUCUGGGAGUCCCUGCAGGGGUGAACGGGUGGCCAAAUAUAAUCGUCUCAUGGAUAUAGAAGACGAGUUGGCACAGACGGGCAAGACUUUCAAGUAUGCUGGGCUGCCAUGACGGUAGUAGAUUAUUGGCCUCAGUCCAGUUUAGACUUACAUCAGUUUAGUGGCAUAAUCCAUAUUUUGAUGUUCACAAUGGUGAUAUACUCCUGUUCUGUUCUCCGGGCAUUAACCACCAUGGCUGUAUACUGUAUUGACCAAAU